UGAAGCGCGUCAUUGAUGGCGGCGUGCUCUCGGAACGAGCGAGUAGUAAAUCGGGUACAAACCGAGGCUAUAAGAGAGCGUAGCUCGCGCUUCGCGCGGCUCAGUGAGUCGAGAUCGUUCGAAGGAGCUCCAUUGCCAGCUUCGUUCGAACGGCGUUUCAACCUUCCUGCCGUGCGACUCUUCUCCUUCAAAAUGCGCGAAUGCAUAUCCGUCCACGUGGGACAGGCGGGAGUGCAGAUCGGAAACGCCUGCUGGGAGCUUUACUGUCUGGAACAUGGCAUUCAGCCGGACGGACAGAUGCCGUCCGACAAGAUGCUCGGCGGCGGCGACGACAGCUUCAACACCUUCUUCAGCGAGACCGGUGCCGGCAAGCACGUACCUAGAGCGGUGUUCGUGGACCUCGAGCCCACCGUAGUAGACGAGGUGCGCACCGGCACGUAUCGGCAGCUCUUCCACCCGGAGCAGCUCAUCACCGGGAAGGAGGACGCGGCGAACAAUUACGCGCGCGGCCACUACACGAUCGGCAAGGAGAUAGUGGACCUCGUGCUCGACCGCGUUCGCAAACUCGCGGACCAGUGCACGGGGCUGCAGGGCUUCCUCAUCUUCCACUCGUUCGGCGGCGGCACCGGCUCCGGCUUCACGUCCCUGCUGAUGGAACGGCUGUCGGUCGACUACGGCAAGAAGUCCAAGCUGGAGUUCGCGAUCUAUCCGGCGCCUCAGGUCUCCACCGCCGUGGUGGAGCCGUACAAUUCGAUUCUGACGACGCACACCACCCUCGAGCACUCCGACUGCGCUUUCAUGGUCGACAACGAGGCGAUCUACGACAUUUGCCGGCGCAAUCUCGACAUCGAGCGGCCGACCUACACGAAUCUGAACCGGCUGAUCGGCCAGAUCGUCUCCUCGAUCACGGCCUCGCUGCGCUUCGACGGCGCCCUGAACGUCGACCUCACCGAAUUCCAGACCAACCUGGUGCCCUAUCCGAGAAUCCACUUCCCACUGGUCACCUAUGCGCCCGUCAUAUCCGCGGAGAAGGCCUACCACGAGCAACUGUCCGUCGCCGAGAUCACGAACGCCUGCUUCGAGCCGGCCAAUCAGAUGGUGAAGUGCGAUCCGCGCCACGGCAAGUACAUGGCCUGCUGCAUGCUCUACAGGGGCGACGUCGUGCCGAAGGACGUGAACGCGGCGAUCGCGACCAUCAAGACGAAGCGCAGCAUCCAGUUCGUCGACUGGUGUCCGACCGGCUUCAAGGUCGGCAUCAAUUAUCAGCCGCCCACGGUCGUGCCGGGCGGCGACCUCGCCAAGGUGCAGCGCGCCGUCUGCAUGCUGUCGAACACUACGGCGAUCGCCGAGGCCUGGGCCCGGCUCGACCACAAGUUCGAUCUGAUGUACGCGAAGAGGGCCUUCGUCCACUGGUACGUCGGCGAAGGUAUGGAGGAGGGAGAGUUCUCCGAGGCGCGGGAGGACCUCGCCGCAUUGGAGAAGGACUACGAGGAGGUUGGUAUGGACUCGACCGAUGGAGAGGGCGACGCUGCCGAUGAAUACUGAAUCUUCUCUCCAACGCGCUCUGAUAUAUCACUUCGCAUGAUAUUAUGUUCUUAGAAUAUUUUCAGAAAAUUCACUCCAAAUAAUGUAUCAUUUUUUCAAACAUAUUUUUACACAAAAUUCUUUCCAAUUUAUUUAUACGAUGAAACAAUUGCAAUACAUUUGAAAUAAAGAAACUGCAAUUAUAUACACGCGUAAAUAACAAGUAUUAUUGUAUAAAUAUUAUCACGGGUGGACUAUCUAUUAAUAUCCCAGAAACAAGGUCUUAGGACGUUGAUAUCUUGAUUCGAGAAUGUCUUAUGCUAUCCGAGUUAUCUUCAAUCCUCUCGUUAAGUUGCCGCGUGAGCAAUCGUAUUAAUUUUGCUUUUUCACUCGAUUCGUUAUAUCUCGUUUGUGAGAAACGGUACGUGUUAGAAGCAUGGAAUGAUGCAUAAAGUGAGUAUAUCGAGAAAUAUAUAUCCAAAAGUACUGUCUCAUA